GUACGGUCCGGAAACCCAUUCGCAGACAUUUUAUUGUCUCAUGCAGGUCACAUACAACGACUCAGCAUGACAAGAGCAGAUUCCGGAUCCUUAAAAUAUCUUAACUUCCCGCUUCCACAACUCGACUUCCUCUCUAUUACUGGAUCGCCAUUCGAGGACACUGUAAGAUUCUCACCUUCAGCAGGCCAAUUUCCUGUCCUGCGUAAACUCAGCCUUUCUCUCGUCAUGGUUCCUUGGGGUUCCAGCAUAUUCACAACACUCGUCAGCUUGGAACUAUUUGGUGUCAGAAUGCUGCAAAAUGCCUCCGCGCACAGCCUUUUUCUAGAUAUGUUGGAACAUUGCAAUGAUCUACAACGUUUGGAACUGGAUGGCGUGUUGCCGACGGAGCAUGGAGGACUUCAAGACCUCACCCGCGUUGUGCGGGUUCCCAACUUACAAAAGCUCCUUAUACAUGACGUGCCACCAUAUAUCCCAUGGCUACUCGAGCAUCUUUCCCUUCGUUCAUCCACACUUGUCAACAUCCAUUUUCGCGGAUCAAACGAUCAUCCAUUUGAGUUCCCUUAUGUGUCCAGGCUCUUUCCUCACCAAGUGAGAGAAAACCUUGCCGCCUUCUCGCAAGCACGAUUUCUCGCCGUUCUUGCGGAACACAAGGAUGAAUUGCUCAUCAUUUCUGACCUCAAUCGGGAUGUGUGUGAUGAGUUUGAGGCGAGUCUAGCUUUCUCAAUGGAAGUCGAUGAAGACGUCGAUCUGUCGCUAUAUAUGCCUGCGCUGCUGCAGGAUAUAGCUUCGUUGUUCACCAGUGAUCUGUUGCAUCUCAAAAUCGGAGGAAUCACUAGCGGUAUGGUAGUCGACCAUUGGAAGUCAGUUCUCAAUCAUUUCCCAUCCUUGGAGAUGCUGGAUAUCACUGUCAACGAUGAGCCGCGAGAUCUGUUUCGUGCUCUUCUCAACUGCUGUUUUCAUUUGAGAAGAGCUAUCAUGCGUCGUGUCUUUAUGCUUACAGAGGACGUACAAGCUCUCUUGGCAUACCUGUCUUCCCGGGCCGGAUUGGGAAACAAAUUGGAACAUCUCAGGAUAGAGACCUGCCUCCAGCCCCUGGACGAGGAUGCUCGACGAAUCAUUGCUUCCUACGUGAAUUUUCCGGUGGAGUUCGAGGUAUACGACGGAGACGAUACAUCCUGAACCAGUCAGUGUCAGUCCUAUAUCUGGGUUCCUCUCCGUGUUUGAAUGUGCAAGACGGCACUUACAAGUUGUCACAUAGGCUGGGAAGUUGGCGAACGCUCUGGCUCAUUCUUGUGGCAUCUGUAUUGCUCUACAACCUUGCAGUGCGCC